UUAAUUAAUUAAUUAAUUAACUAAAAUGUAGCUAUCUGGACCCUAUUUCAAAGAUUCUGAAUUAGAAUUGGGCAUGGGCACAGGUGCUACCUGUUACCAGCUCUGGUGCUAAUUCUGAGGUACUACCAGGUUUAAGAACCUGUACCUUAGAUCAUAUAUUUAUGUUUUGUGUAUAAUAAGGCUAUCCAAUUGUAUUAAAAUGUAUUUAUUUUGUAUUCAUUUUGAUUUUGUUUCUUCCUAGAAUUCUAUCUAUAUCUGAAAGAUGCCUAAAAACUGUAUACUCGUGAUACAUACCCCUAAGUAUAUACAGGCAUAGAACCUAUAUUUCUAAUUGGGACACGUGAGCUUUUCCAUAAGCACUAUUUUUUUAAAUUUAACUCCAAAUUAAAUUAAAGAAAUAGAAAAAGCUGCUGUUGUUCAGAAAACAAAUCGUGGAUUCUUUGCUUCUACAAUAAACUUUUAAGAGAGUUUGUUCCUAGUGGAAAUUCAUUGUUACUAAAUAAAAAUCUUGAGGAAGAAAAAAAUACCUUAUAUAUAAUCCACAUUGGGGAUGCAAAUUGUAGAGAAACAGACACCAAAGGAUUUGCAUUUAAUCAAAUCUAAAGCAAGUCAUUUCAGAAGCAUCACUGACAGGUACAGAAGCCUUUCCCAUCAGGACCAGGCUGACCUUUCCAGAGACCAGGAUCCCUUAUCAAGGAGAACACAUUCACCAGAUAGCCUACAUUGCCGUUAAGAAGGAGAUUCACCAGAACCAUCCAGAAUGGAAAAUGUCACAGGAGACUACAGCAAACGCGUGUAUCAAGGCGUGAGAGUGAAGCACACGGUCAAAGACUUACUGGCGGAAAAACGAUCCAGGCAGACAAGUAACUCAAGAUUUAAUAGCGGAGUCAGCAACUCCCCGUCUCCGUUUGCCCAGAUGCCAGGUUCACCGGUAACAUCAGGUUACUAUGGUGUCAGAAGAUCUUUCCUCUCUGACUCGGAUUUCCACAACACGAAACAGUUUGCAAACGACGUCUGCACCUCACCGGCGAAGCCCUUUCCCUGUGAGCCCCCCGCAGGGCAGAGCCACCCGGCCCUCCUGGAUUCCUACUUCCCGGAGCCCUACGCAGACCACCGGCCCCCACCGGGCCUGACCCCCAGCACCGGCUCUCUGUUCAGCGCCUCGCCCCUGCCGCCGCUCCUGCCUCCACCCUUCCCUGGGGACCCCACGCACUUCGUGCUUAGGGACUCAUGGGAGCAAACGGUGCCCGAUGGUCUCAGCCAGGCAGACCCCGUGCCCGCCGAUACCCCGCAGACCUUGCCGCCCAGCACGGGAUGUCUCUCCCAGCUGGAGUCUGGGACCAGCACUCAGCACAGGAGCUCCAGCUGGGGGGCCCCCCUAGCUGGGGCUCAGUCCUACUCCCUGCAUGCACUAGAGGAUCUGUAUCAUGUGCCAGGGUACCCCACCCCACCCCCGUAUCCCUUCACCCCUUUCAUGACCAUGUCCAAUGAUCUACCGCACAAGGCGGUGCCUCUCGCCCCAGAGGAGGGGGUAGACACCCCUUCCCUUCAGGACCCUUCUUCGUGGACCAAAGAAGACGGGAGCAUGGUGUGGGGGUCAUAUGAAUGCCGUAGAGCUUACUGAAGGGAGCGCUGAAGGACUUCUGCUGGGCUUUUCUCUGAGUGGGGUUCUGUAUUUCACGGACCAUUUGCAGUGUGGUAGCUUACUCAUUCAGAACCAGAUUCUCAGAACAGGCCAUCAGGCUGCCCUUUGUCAACAGACCACGGGAUUCAUUUGUAAUCCUCCCUACCACAGCCCCAUGAAAUACAACGUACGUUAAUUCGGGACAUCAGACCGUAUUCUCGUGAGACACCUGAGAGCGAUGCCUUUUUGGAACUUUAGUAACACCUUACAUUCUGAAUUUCUGUUACCUUUGAACUAUCAUGUUUAGCGCUCGUAGUUUUCUUAAAUUACAUUAAAAAGUUUAUGCAGAUCGUGAAAUACA